AUGGAGCUCCAGGAUGAUAUCAUCAAGCAUCAAAACAGUCGUUUGGAUGAGAUGUCUUUACAACCAGACGAGUACGUGAAGAAAAAAGCUCUCCUGAAAUACAAAGUCAUCUGUGCUGUUCUGCUGUGUGCUUUGGUGGUUAUAUCCCUGGGACUAGGUUUAGGACUAGGACUGAACCGUGGAGACGAGGAGCAAGUCAGCUGCAGGCACAAGUGCAAUGAGCCCCAUGGGAAAGAGGUGCGCGGCUGCCGGUGCGACAGUGGCUGCUGCUGGGACUACGAGGACACCUGCGUGCAGCCAACCCGAUCUUGGAAGUGCACUAAUUUCCGUUGUGGUGAGACACGGAUACCUGGAAGUUACUGUUCUUGUUCUGAUGACUGCUUGGAGAAAAAAGAUUGCUGUGUAAACUACAACAGUGUUUGCAAAGGUGAAAUACCUUGGGUAGAAGAACCAUGUGUAUCACUUGAAACUCCUCAGUGUCCAUCUGGGUUUGACCUGCCACCACUUAUCCUUUUUUCAAUGGAUGGGUUUAGAGCAGAAUACUUGGAAACUUGGAGGUCUUUGCUGCCAAAUAUCGAAAAACUCAAAACAUGUGGCACACAUUCAAAAUACAUGAGAGCUGUUUACCCCACAAAAACCUUUCCAAACCACUACACUAUUGUCACAGGAUUGUAUCCAGAAUCUCAUGGUAUUAUUGAUAACAGCAUGUAUGAUGUAGAACUGAACGAACAUUUCUCGCUUUCGGGGACGGAAAAAUUCAAGCCCUCAUGGUGGAAGGGGCAGCCAGUCUGGCUGACAACAGUGUACCAAAAUUUGAAAGCAGGCACCUUCUUUUGGCCAGGCUCUGAUGUUGAGAUUAAUGGAACAUACCCCACCUUGUAUGAAGUAUACAACAAUUCAGUUACAUUUGAACAAAGAAUUUCAGGUAUAUUGAAAUGGCUCGAUUAUGCCAAAUCUGAGAGGCCUGAUUUCUAUACUUUAUACAUUGAAGAACCCGAUUCUUCUGGACAUUCAUUUGGACCAGUUAGUGGUGGUGUAAUCAAAGCCUUACAGCUAGCAGAUCAAGCACUGGGGAUGCUAAUGGAUGGACUUAAACAAAGAAACCUGCACAAAUGUGUAAACCUUAUUGUUUUAGCUGAUCAUGGGAUGGAGAUGACCUACUGCAAACAGUUAGAAUAUAUGACUGAUUACUUCAACCCACUUGAUUUCUACAUAUAUGCUGGGCCUGCAGCUCGCAUUCGAGCAAGUAACGUUCCACAGGACUAUUUUACUUGUAAGUCAGGAAUUGUUAAAAACCUCACAUGCAAAAGAUCCCCUCAGCACUUCAAGCCUUACCUUACACCUGACUUGCCAAAACGGUUCCACUAUGCUAACAACAUUCGUAUUGAUAAAGUUCAUCUUUUGGUGGAUCGACAGUGGCUGGCUGUGAGGGACAAAAGUUACACAUAUUGUGAUAGGGGUAACCAUGGCUAUAACAACGAAUUUAAAAGUAUGGAGGCUAUAUUCUUAGCAUAUGGCCCAAGCUUUAAAGAGAAAACAGAAGUGGAUGCUUUUGAAAACAUCGAGGUUUACAACCUUAUGUGUGAUUUGCUGCAUAUUACACCAGCACCAAACAAUGGAACACAUGGCAGCUUGAACCACCUCUUAAAAAAACCUUUUUACAAUCCUUCACAUGCAAAAGAAGACUCAUCUCCUUCUUCAUGUCCAGUUUCCCAUCUGACUCCCAUAGAUGAUCUGGGAUGCACAUGCGUGCAUAUAUCAAAUGUUUCAGUAAUAAAUGAGAGGUUAAAUCUCACCACAGCAGAAAUAGAGAAUGCAAAUUCAUAUCAUUUGCCAUAUGGGAGACCCAGAGUUCUUCAGAAGAAAAAUGUCUACUGCCUCCUUUGGCACCAUCAGUAUGUGAGUGGCUACAGCUACGAUAUCUUGAUGCCAUUGUGGACCUCAUAUACUGUGAAUAAGCUUGAAAACACAUCUCCUCUUCCUCCCACUGUUUCAGACUGUCUGCGGGCUGAUGUUAGAAUCCCUGUUGCUCGGAGCCAGAAUUGUUCCAACUACCCAGAAGGGCUGACCUUCACCCGCAGUUUCCUCUAUCCUCCCAACUUUAGUUCAUCUACUCUUGAACAGUAUGAUGCCUUACUCACCAGCAAUAUUGUUCCCAUGUAUAGAGCUUUCACAGACAUAUGGGACUAUUUCCAUAAUGUACUUCUUCCGGAGUAUGCUAGAGAAAGGAAUGGAGUAAAUGUCAUCAGUGGACCAGUGUUUGAUUACAAUUAUGAUGGCCAUUUUGAUACUCUUGAUGAAAUUAAGCAACAUGUAAACAAUACAGAAAUCCCUGUCCCAACCCAUUACUUUGUGGUUCUGACUAGCUGCAAGGACAAGUCCUAUACGCCAUUCAACUGUUCAGGCUCCUUGGAUGCUUUGUCUUUUAUCAUUCCUCACCGACCUGACAACACUGAAAGCUGUGCUGAAAACAAGACACUUUCCGAAUGGGUUGAAGAAAGAGUUCAGGCUCAUUCUGCACGUGUUCGGGAUGUGGAGCUGCUAACUGGGCUUGACUUUUACCAGGAAAGAAAAGAACCCAUCUCUGAGAUCUUACAACUAAAAACAUUUUUGCCAGUAUUUGAGGCUGAAAUUAACUGAGUAUCUAUUAAAAAAGUGUCAGUGCUUGGAAGAAAGCAAAUUCAAGCGAUUUACCUUUUUUCCUUGCCAAAGUAUGUAGGAAACACGACUACAGCUCUUCUAUAGGAAAACACAC